UUCUUAUAAACGUAAAGGGCACAGAACUUAAAACAUAUGCUACGUUGAGUAGGCAAACAUGAGGACCUUUUGGAUUCUGUUUGCUGUUUUAUCAACAGUGUAUGCUUAUUCCGAAGCAUGUAGAUGUGCUCCCCAGCACCCACAAGUACAGUUCUGUAGCUCGGAUUUUGUUAUCAAAGCGAGGGUUUUGGGUCGCACGGAGACUGGCAGCCCAAGUUUUCAUAACGUUUAUUAUACAGUACGGAUAUUUCGACAUUAUAAGAAAGGCUCUUAUAGGGAAAUACGUCGAGUACAAAGGAUAUACACAGCUCCUAACUCAGCAGGAUGUGGAGAGAACUUCGAAAAGGGUCGUGAAUACAUCAUAAGCGGCACUAUCUACAAAAACAAGUGGAUCACAAGUACCUGUAAUUGGAAUGUUGAAACAUCUUUACUUACUCAAUACCAGAGAAAUGCACUGAAAUUCGGAUAUUACAGCAAUCAGUGUUCCUGCGAUAUAGAUAUCUGCUUAGGUGGUCAGUGUUCUAAACCAUCAAGUGAUAAAUGCGUUGUUGGUCAAAAUGGGGACUACUCGUGCUUCUUUGAGGAAAAUUCCUGUAGACGAGGAAGAAAAGGAUGCUCCUGGCAUACUUCUGAAUGCUUACGAAGUACAAGAAGUACAUAUUUGUAA